UCGAUCAGAUCAGUUGCCGGCCGAUCGAGUUCCGCUGCAGUUCAAUAGGAUGGCAAUGCAAUCGCUAGAAUUGAUACUACUGCUAGUGUGUUCACUCAGCAGCAGCAGCCUUGUUCGUGGCCAAAAUCCGGAUGCAGCUGUCCAGCUAGCUUGCAACAAAUUUAAGCAGAUUGUCUUCGAGGAACGCGUGGCCUUCAGCUUCUUUUUCACCGAUGCUCCCAUCACCUACGAGACAGUUGAUUCCUGCCAUGGAUCCAGACCCCUGAUUGUGGACGGAACUCCGGCGGAACCCAAGGAAUUUCCAUUCGCCGCUCGCCUCGGCCAUCGGAUGGCUAACAAUGAAAUCAAAUGGUUCUGUGGCGGCACCCUGAUAAGCAAUCGCCUGGUGCUCACAGCGGCUCACUGCUUUUAUUCCGAACACGGUGAGGUCAAUGUUGUGCGCUUGGGUGAUCUGGAGUUCGAUACCGACACGGAUGACGCUGAGCCAGAGGACUUUGGCGUGCUCGCUCUGAAGGCACAUCCGGGUUUCGAGAAUCCCAAGCUCUACAAUGACAUUGGCAUAGUUCAACUGGAUCGCGAAGUCAAGUUCAACAGGUACAAGCAUCCUGCCUGCCUGCCCUUCGACGACGGCGAGCAGCACGAGUCCUUCAUCGCCAUCGGCUGGGGCCAGAAGAAAUUUGCCCAAAAGGAGUCGAAGAAGCUGCUGAAGGUUCAGCUGCAGGGCUAUAAGGAUAGGUGUGUCAGCAGCGUGGAUGUGAAUGAUGAGCUGCCCGAUGGCUAUGAGCCCAAAAGCCAGCUGUGCAUCGGAUCGAGGGACAACAAGGACACCUGCAACGGAGACUCUGGGGGUCCAGUGCUCGCCUAUCACAAGGAUCUCGCCUGCAUGUACCACGUAAUGGGCAUCACAUCAGCCGGCAUCACUUGCUCCUCACCCGACCUUCCAAGUCCCUACACGCGAGUCCACUACUUCCUCAACUGGAUCAAGGGCGAGCUGGCCAAGCAGACGCAGAGAACAGGUAGCCACACGAUGAGCAGCGCGAUCUUCGGCAAGGUUGUCCAGCUGGAAGCAGCAUUGUUGAUUCUAUUCGUCGCUUGGGUGCCGGCCCAGGAUGCGGAUAUAGUCAGGACGUGCACUGCCUACAAGAGAAGCGUUUGGGAGGAGACGUCCGAGUUCAGCUUUCUGAUCGAGGAUGCCCCGAUUAUCUACAAGACCCUGGACAAAUGCACCAGCUAUGCGCCGCUUAUAAUCGGAGGAGGACCCGCUCUGCCCAAGGAGUUCCCACACGCUGUGCGCCUGGGCCACCAAGAUGACAAUGGUGAGGUGGACUGGUUCUGCGGCGGAACCCUUAUCAGCGAUAGACAUGUGCUCACUGCAGCGCAUUGCCACUACUCAGCACAAGGAUCAGUGAACAUCGCGCGUCUCGGAGACUUGGAGUUUGACACCAGCAGCGACGAUGCGGAUCCGGAGGACUUUGUCGUGAAGAACUUCACCCCGCACCCCGGAUACAGCUAUCCGGCCAUUUACAACGACAUUUCCGUGGUGAGGUUAAGUCGACCCGUAACCUUCAACGAGUACAAGCAUCCGGCCUGUCUGCCCUUCGACGAUGGGCGUGCGGUCUCCUCUUUCAUAGCCAUCGGUUGGGGUCAGCUGGAGAUCGUGCCCAGGACGGAAAACAAAAAGCUACAGAAGGUGAAGCUCUACAACUACGGAACGCGCUGCAGGAUCACGGCGGAAAGGAACGAGGAACUGCCCGAGGGAUACAAUGCCACCACCCAACUGUGUAUCGGAUCCAACGACCACAAGGACACCUGCAAUGGGGAUUCCGGCGGACCGGUGCUCAUCUAUCAUAAGAAGCACCCCUGCAUGUACCACGUGAUGGGAAUCACCUCCAUCGGAGUGGCCUGCGACACACCCGAUAUUCCGGCCAUGUAUACACGGGUUCACUUUUACCUGGACUGGAUUAAGCAGCAGCUGGCCAGAAAUUAGGAAGGAUAUUCAAAUGGGGAAAUUGAAAAUCCACAAUUCUGUGGGUAAAUUAUCAAAAGUGAUUUGACUAACUUCAGUUUUUAGUACCAACAUAUUAUCAAAAGCCGUAGUAAACAGAAAAUAAAGUUGAAUUCCUCUUGCAAUA